GUGACCACAAAAUGGUCGGAGUAGGAGUAACGACUUCUCCUAUUCAAUCGUUCUGAGUUACCAUGACCGCAGAUUAGCAGCUCUUCUUUAUAAAUCCAAAAACCUCAUUUGUUUUUUUCCUCUUCCAUUCCAAUCCUCUUUGUUAUGAGAGUUCCAUUUUCAACAGAAUUAUGGCAUGGAGAUAUGUCUGCUCAAUAUUUUUGAGGGUGGAAUCACGUUGUUCUUGCUUAGGAUAUCGCAAAAUCUAAAUGGGGCUGCCUAUAAUCAAAGUGGUAUCACCAUACUUCUUGACAACUGACAGAACCAUUACUUGUACAAUUAUAUGAAAUUCUGAUUCUCAAUGCAGGUCACCUCAUACUGCUGGUGUCAUGAAAGAGAGACAUUGUUCUUAGAAUUUCUCGGAAGUUGGACUCUGUAGGAAAGUAGACAUUGAGUUUUUGAAGCAAAGGUAAGAAUGGGAAGAGCAAAAUUAAAACUGCAUAAGUUGGAUGGUAGUAACCGCAUAGGAGUAUACUCAAGGCGAAAGAAGGGACUCUUGAAGAAAGCUAAUGAGCUGUCAGUAUUGUGUGACAUUGACAUCUUUCUUGCCAUGCUUUCACCAGGCGGAAAGCCUAGUGUAUACAAGUCAGAGAACAGUAGCUUCGAGGACAUGAUUACCAAGAUUGCCGAAGUAAAUCCAGAAGAAAGGGCAAAGAGGAAGAUGGAGUGUCUUGAAACAAUAAAGAAAGCUUGCAAGAAGUCUGAUCACGAUGUAAAUAUAGGAGAACACCUCUCUCCUGGGGAUUUGACAACGGAGGAUAUACAUUUUCUCUCACAUUCAUUAAGAGUUCGACUUUCAGACAUCGAGGAUAGACUCAGGCUUUGGAAGAAUCUUGACAAGAUUGACAACAUUCAACAGCUUAGGAAGUUGGAGGACUCGAUUUCAAAAUCUCUUAACGAAAUCGCAAAACAUAAGUAUGGGAUGGGUUCACUAAUUUUUUGUGCUGGGGAAGAUAUUCAGCCUUCUCCUGUCCAACAUGGUAUGGAUUUACCUUCAAACUUUGAUGCUGGGAAAGAGCCCCAUCCAUGUUCAUCACUCCAUUGUUGUGAUAGUGAAAUUAUGGACGCAUACGAAGACCUGAGUUCAUUUGACUCAUCUUUACUUAAUGAUACUGGGCAAGACUUCCAGGCUUCUUCACUGAUGCAGCAUGGGAUGAACGAGUGGCAAGAUCUCUAUCAAUGUUCAUCAAUCCACGGUGGUGUGGAUGUGUACCCAGUAGGGUUUUUGGAGGAACCAUCCUUUUCUUUUGAGAGCUAUACAAAUCUUGUUGGCAACAAAGAAAUUGAAGUGUCUAAGCCAGAAUCCCAAAAAUUUGUACCUGAUGAAGUGUUUCUGGAUUGUGAAUUAAAUCAGGAAGAUAUUGAAACAGAGUUUGGAUUUACUUUUGAUGUGCCACAAGUAGAACUAUUGGAUGACCAGGGAAUUUUUUUUUACUGUAGUACUGACAACAGCUCCAGACUUCCUCAAUCUCAUUUUGUUAACAUCCAUGAUAGUUCAAAAUCAGCAUCUGGAACUUGUGACAAUAUGAUGCUAGAAGACUCUCUAAACUUUCUGUAUGGGACGGAUUCAUUAUAUUCUUCGAUCAAGCAUGGGACAAAUUCACUUUCAACCCAUCUCAAUGUAAGCUUAGCAGUCUAUGCAGGUGGUGAUUGUGAAAAUAUGGAUGGAUACGACGACCUAAAUGUAUUUGAUUCAUCUUUAAAAUUUGAUGAGAAGCAAGAAUUUCAGUCUUCGUCACCGAUCCAGUAUGGGAUGAAUUCACCUGUAAGUUUUGAUGCUGGGCAAGAGGGGAAUCGAUUUUCAUCAGUCCAAGGUGGUGAUAGUGAAAGUAAUAAUGGAUAUGAGGACCUAAAUUCGUUCGUACAAGGGUUAUUAGAGGAUCCUUGUUUAUCUUUCGAGAGCUAUACAGAUAUUGCUUGCGACCAUGAAAUUGAAACUUUCAAGCCUGGAUGUGAAAAUUGCUCAGCGGAUAAAAUGUUUCUUGAUUGUCAAAUAAAUCAGGAAGAUCUUGAAAUGGCAUUUAGAUCUACUCUUGAUUUGCCACUGGUAGAGAAGAUGGAUGCCCAGGAAAGCACUUUUGACUGCCUCAACAAAGGUUUUGGACUUCCACAACUAACAUCUAUCAUAGUGUAGAACCAGAACUUGUGACAAUAUGAUCACUAUCUCUACUUUCCUCUCUUCGUGCAGCUAGCUAGCUUGCCUGAUGUUGAUUUUGCUGGUGACCUCAACUCAACUCAUUUUGCUGAAGCUCUAAAGGUUUCCUUCAAUCCAUGGAUACUGGCAAAGGAAACCUAAAGGGCUCGAAUACCAUGCCACAUUGCCAAAGAGAAUUGGGAUGCCAAAUUUGUAAUAUAUUUCCUCGUCUGGUUGGACUCAUUCAUAACAACCUUUUUUCUCUAUAAAAUAAAUUUAUGAGCAACUACGUGCAGAAUAAUGUUAGCAUUUUAAGGUCAAUUUUCAUGUUCAAGAACAUAACGUGUUGCACAUGAUUUGAAAUCUUUAAAUGGUGAACAAAUGUGAUACAUUAUGAUAAUUGUGAGAGUUAUACUACUUUAAUGUAUACGAUCUAUUGUUGUAAACC